AUGGAGGAUACCAAGGCAAUCCAGCAGGAGGACAGUUUCCAGCAGCCAGAGCCAGGAGAUAAAGGACUCACCAACACAAAGCCCCCCAAAAGAAUAAUCCACUUUGCAAAUGGAGACACCAUGGAAGAAUACAGCACAGAGGACGAGGAGGAAGAGGAAUGGAAAAAGAAUCAGAGCUUUGAUACUGUAAGAUCAUCUCAACUUUCCUGGGGACCUUUCCUUUGGCUUUGGGCAAUCCGAAUUGCAAGUACCUCAUUUUCCACUUGUGAAUUUCUUGGUGGGAGGUUAGCCACUUUCUUUGGACUCAGUGAACCCAAAUAUCAGUAUGCAUUAGACGAAUACUACAGGACCCAAAAUCAGGUACAGAAGAUUUCUUACAUUUCUUUCGGUUGUCUGUUAAUUUCAGUUUGAGGUCACUCAACUUCUUCAUCUUGCA